CGUUUCACAUUUUUAAACCCUAAUACUAAGGAUCGGAAGUAAGAAACUGCCCGACGCAGUUAUAGACAAGGAUGCGGGGAGGGACGGUACAGGUCAACUGGCAUGACGCUCAGCCGGUUCUGACCCUAGAUUUCCACCCCCGCACUGGGGCACUCGCCACCGGCGGCGCCGAUCACGAUAUCAAGCUGUGGCUUCUGAAAUCGGGUGAAUCAGAAAAGCAACUUCCAACUGUUUUAUAUCAGAACAGUCUUUCUUACCACUGUACAGCUGUCAAUGUGUUGCGGUUCUCUCCUUCUGGGGAUUACAUUGCAUCAGGUGCUGAUGGAGGUGAGCUGGUUAUUUGGAAGCUACACUUGACAGAUGAUAGUCAAUCUUGGAAAGUGCACAAGACAUUAUUAUUUCAUCGGAAAGAUGUUCUUGACCUUGAGUGGUCUCCUAAUGGAGAAAGUUUGAUUUCUGGUUCAGUUGAUAAUUCUUGCAUAAUAUGGGAUGCCAAUAAAGGAUUGGUCCGUCAAAUGCUGGAUGCACAUUUGCAUUAUGUUCAAGGUGUUGCAUGGGAUCCUUUGGGCCAUUAUGUUGCUUCUCUUAGCUCUGACCGGACUUGCCGGAUUUAUGCUAAUAGGACUCAGAGUAAACAUAAGGGAGGUGAGAAACUGAAUUAUGUCUGCCAGCAUGUUCUCACAAAAUCAGACCCACAAAACUUUGAUCAUUCCAAGUCUAUCUCAGGAAAAUCUCAUCUAUUUCAUGAUGAAACGUUACCAUCCUUCUUCAGAAGGUUGGCAUGGUCUCCCGAUGGAACCUUUUUAAUAGUACCUGCAGGUACAUACAAAUAUUCAUGUUCGUCUGGAACUAUAAAUACUGCUUAUGUUCUCUCAAGGAGCGAUCUUUCUAGACCAGCCAUGCAACUCUCACAGGCUUGCAAACCAAUAGUUGUUGUCAGAUUCUGUCCUGUUCUUUUUGCUCUUCGAGGUUCUAACUCAGCUGGUUUCUUUAAACUACCAUAUAGAGUCAUUUUUGGUCUGGCAACCUUGAACUCUUUGUACAUCUACGACACCGAAAGCAUGCCACCCAUUGCCAUCUUUGCUGGACUACAUUAUGCAGCCAUCACAGAUAUUGCAUGGUCUUCUGAUGCUAAGUAUGUGUCACUGUCCUCAAGGGAUGGAUAUUGUACCAUUAUAGAAUUUGAGAAAGGUGAACUUGGAGAACCCUUGUCUGCCUCAGAAAAAGCACAAGGCAAGGCGAAUGCAUCCAAUAUUGAAGCUGAAGUGGUAUGCAAUUUGGAAAUUGAUAAGAUUAAAGCUAUUCCAGUUAACAAUGAACCAGUUGCCAAAAAUGACGAGGAAAGACUGCCACCCACUGCCACCAAAAAUGCUGACCCAAAUAAGCCUGCCAAGAAGCGUAUUACUCCUAUAGCUAUUAAUUAACUAGAGAACAAAAAUAUUGGACGAGCAUGUGUGCUUCAAUUUAAUUAUGCUUCUCGUAACUUGUUUUGUAAAUUGUUAUUCUCUCCAUUGACUUUGAACUAGAUGACAACUAAUUGAAAACUGAAUUCCCAUAAAA